AUGUUGGCCUUCUCGAUGGAUUCCUGGAGCGACCUCCUGUCGUCCUAUGCUUUUCUUCAAUUCCUCCCUGCCGUCCUCGUCCUCGGCCAGCUCCUCGUGAGCUCGUCUCGCGCGCUGCGAAAGGUAUCAUUCGCAUCCUACGGCCUCUCCUUCCACUCUCGCUAUGCCGCCAAUGUCAACUUCAUGACCAACGCCGUUGGCCUCAUUGGCAAUGGCUACGACAAGUUUCAAGAAAAGGCCUUCCAGUUCCUCCGCUCAGACGCAGACAUCAUUGUGCUGCCCCAAUCGGCCGUCCAGGAGCUCAGCACUCUGCCGCCCAAUAUCGCAGAUGGCACCAAGGCCCUCGAGCACGACCUCAUGGGUCCCUACACGGGACUCAACUUCAUCCUCCAGUCGCGCCUGCACCACCGUAUUGUCCAGCGCAAGUUGACCCCCAACCUGGGCAUCCUCACUCCGCAUCUCGAGGACGAGCUCGGCAAAGCCGUUGAGGACCUAUUCCCCAAGGAAGUAAACGAUGGCUGGACUGAGGUCGAGCUCUACCCCCUCCUACUCUCCUUAACGGCCCGCACAUCUGCCAGAGCCUUUGUAGGCACCAGCUUCUGCCGCGACUCCCGCUGGCUGAAUUCCGCCGUCAACUUCGUAGAAGAUCUCUUCCGAACGGUCGUCAUCCUGCGCGCCUUCCCCGGCUGGCUGCACCCCAUCGUCUGCGUCUUCAUGCCCAGCUACUGGCGCGGAAAAGGCUACUUCCGCUCCGCCCGACAAGUCCUCGGCCCCUACAUCCAAGAGCGCCUCGACGCCCUCGACCAGAAAAAAGACCUCCGCGAAGCCUUCACCGAACCCUCCGCCCUAAACUGGCUCGUCGACAUCGCAGAAGGCGACGAGCGCAACCUCGCGCGCCUCGCCCACACUGAAACCGUCCUCUCCCUCGCAGGCAUCCACACCAUGCUCCUCCGCCAGCUCUCCGUCAUUUACGACCUCACAGCCCACCCGGAGUACCUCGAGGGGCUCCGCCAGGAAGUCGCCGACCUGUCCAGCAAGUGGAAUAAGACGUCCUACGGCCAACUCCGCAAACUAGACUCCUUCAUGCGCGAAUCCCAGCGCCUCGCGCCCCCCACUGUCCUCGGGCUAAAGCGCAUCAUGCAGCAGAAUUACACCCUCCAAGACGGCACCCUCCUCCCCAAAGGCGCCUACGUCUGCGUCGCCGCCUACGCCAUCGAAAACGACCCCGCGUUCUACCCGGAGCCCGAGAAAUUCGACGGCCUGCGCUCCUUCACGCAGGGCGACGGCUCGGAUUCGAACAAGCACACGUUCGCGGCGACGGAUACCACGGUGCUGGGCUUUGGCCACGGCAAGACGGCGUGUCCGGGGCGGUUUUUCGCUAGCUUGGUUAUCAAGAUGAGUGUCAUCAAGCUGAUUACUGAGUAUGAGUUUGAGUUUUUGCCUGGCAAGGGAAGGCCGAAGAAUUGGGUUGCGCAUGAGUUUUUGUUUGCGUCGCCGUGGGAUCGGGUGAGGAUGAGGAAGAGGGAGAAGGGGAGCUGUCCGUUUUAA